AUGCCCUCUCGUGAUGAAAAUUAUGAGUACAUCAAAAUUUUGGGAAAAGGUGCCUUUGGAGUUGUCGAACUUUGGCGCCAAAAAUUUAGCGAAGAGCAGCUGGUAGCGGCAAAACGUAUUCAUGUAGGCGAAAUGUCCAAAGAAGAAACAGAGCAAACCCGACAGGAGGCAUUGGUGUUGAAAGCUUUGCAGCAUCCACACAUUGUGAAGUACAUGGGAAGCUGGGUGAAUCGAAAAGAAGAGGACCUCAUUAUUGUCCAGGACUACUGUGAUGGCGGAGAUCUUGCUCAUUAUAUUUUUUUCAAAAAGAAGAGCAAUGAAUUGGUACCAGAGACGAACAUUAUUCAAUGGCUAGCGCAGUUAUCCCACGCGCUUCAAUAUUGUCACAAGCGUGCGAAGAUCCUCCAUAGAGAUUUGAAGCCCUCCAAUGUCUUCCUCACAGAGGAUUUGCAAUCCGUGCGACUGGGUGAUUUUGGCAUCUCCAAGAAUCUAAGAUCCACUGCCAGCUUGUGCCAAACAGUCGUCGGUACGCAGGCAUACAUGAGUCCAGAACUGACCCGCAUGCAGAAGUACGGUCCCAAAACCGAAGUAUGGAGCCUUGGAGCAACUUUGUACGAGAUGUGUGCACAAGAGAAGCUUUAUGUCUCCGCUGAUGUGUUGGAGUUAGUGGAGCAGAUCUCCAGUGCAAAAGAGGCACCCAGAUUACCAAAGGAAUUGGGAUAUUCCUUUGAGCUGGAGGAGAUUUGUGCAGCUAUGUUGGUCAAGGACCCUGCUACACGGCCCACCUUGAGCGACAUGCUCACGGAUCAUGAGCUGUUGCGGGUGACAGUUCUUCAACUGGAGCGUGCAGUGGAUUGGAAGGAUUCAUUGGUGCCUGGAGAGGGAAAAGAGUUGCAGGUGCCUGCCGAAGCACAAGACAAAUUGCGGGAACUCUUCAAGAUGUACAGUAAGGAUGGUUUUCUCAGCCGAAAAGAACUCACAAGCCUUUUGCAAAAGCUUCACCCAAAAUGGGCGUCGGGAGUCGCUAGUGUUCUGCUAAAGGCUGCAGACUCCAACGGGGAUGAGAACUUGGAUUAUGAGGAGUUUCUAAACUGGCUCCUUGGGAAGGAAAACGAGUGGACGCCAAUCAAGGAGGCCAUGAUGUCAGCACCUAAGGAAGAAUCUCCAAAGUCUCCAAAGCUGGGAUCAGGGUUUUCAGAGAUGGCAGCAGAUGCUCGAGAGAGGCUAAUUAAAUCCUCAAGUGGAGCCGAGAUGUCUCUGCAAGAAGCAGCUCAGAUUAUCGAGCUGAAUGACAUAGUGAAGUCGUAUAAAGAGCUGGCCGAGGUGCUGAAGAGAUUUCCUCAAUUAGAUCCUGUUUUGGAGGCAAUGUCUACACUUGACUUUAGCAGUUGGCCAGUAUCCCAGUUAAAGGAGUACAUCUCAGCCGAAGGGCAUUCAUUUACUGGACUUUCGGAGAAAAGAGAAUUGGUAGAUUUGUGUGACCAGAUUUUCAGAGAACUUUCAAAGCCAAGUUCGGAACAAACUGGCACGUUGGAGGAAAGGGAGUCGUUUGCCAAUGCUGAAUGCAUUGAUGCUCGCCUACGAUGUAUUCAAAUUUUGCAGGAUACCAACAAUGCAGGCCCAGAUCCAGUUCUGUUGGCUGUAGCAGUACGACAAGCUCAACGCUUGCUUUCAACAGAGCCCUGUGAAGCUGCAAUUCUGAGCCACUCACUAAGACUGGGGAUGUGUGCGGAAGACCAAUCUAAAAGCGCAACUACGCUACCUGAGAUGGAACAGGCUGUGAAUCUGAUGCAGGCUGUACAAGAUGCUGUGAAGAUGCCAGACGGUCGAAAGAACAGCGUCACUACGCAGGCAAUUUUAGAUGCUAAUUCUCGUUUACAGCAAGUUCGAGUCCAAGAGAAGCAGAUUGGCAUUCGUUCUCUGUGUGGACCUUUCGUGAAGACUCUGUCCUUGAAAAGUGACGCGUCUCUGUCAGAGCUGCAAACAAAGCUAUCCCAGUUGUGGAGCAAACCGUUGGAAUCUUUGAGUUUUUUCACAGCAGAAGGACAACCACUGGAAACGGAGGAGAAGUGGCAGGAGCUGCGAAGCUCCAGUCACAUUGAGGCCGGACAUGGCAUGAGAUGGCCGUGGUAA